AUGGCGUUCAACUUCAACUGGUCGCCUUUAAUGGCAGACGCGGGUUUUUACACUCGCGCCCAAGAUCUUCUCACUGCCGCCCUCAAUAAAUCGCCCAAACCUCCCAUUAUCGUCGAUGAUAUCCAUGUCACCGAACUAAACCUGGGCUCCAUCCCACCCGAACUGGAGAUCCUGGAAAUCGGUGACCUGGCUGAGGAUCGAUUCCGCGGCAUUUUUAAAAUGUCUUAUACCGGCGACGCCUUUCUCACGCUGAAGACCCGAGUUCAGGCGAAUCCACUUAAUACUUUCCUCCUCACACGACCGACUUUCGCAUCGCCUGUGCCACUUGCUGCUGCUACCCCGCUCACAAUACCGCUCCAAAUCACACUGUCGGAUUUCAAGUUAUCGGGAUUUGUUAUCUUAGUAUUUUCGAAACAAAAAGGAAUAACCGUUGUAUUCCGCAAUGAUCCGCUGGAGUCGCUCAAGGUUUCUUCCACAUUCGAUUCGAUCCCAUUUGUGCGCGACUUCCUACAGAAAGAAAUCGAGGCCCAGCUACGGAUCUUGUUUAUGGAUGAACUUCCUGCCAUUAUCCAUCGACUAUCGCUCCGAUUAUGGGUUCCCGAAUAUCGCACAGGAGAGGAAAUGAACGACGAGAGGGAUAACACGACCUCAACGAGUGAAGGCCCUGGCCAAGAUCCCUUGGCCAGCCCGCCACAGGACCCCGUCGACUCACUCGGAAACGCCCUCAACGAGUCUGAAAUCGCAUCGCUUUCUUUGGACUCAUCAGUUGAGACGCAUUCCCUUUUCUCGCAGAAGAAUCUGCUUCGCUUGGCCGCUCUGACCGACUCGCAACGCACCCUAUCGCUGUUCACCCCUUCGAUCAAUGAAGUUGUAUAUCGAGCAUGGACCUCUCCCACCGACACCAGCGAGUUCCCCUCAAGCGUUAUCUCCCCGCUAAGCCCAAACCUCUCGAGAACCCACUCCCAUAUCGGCAGCAUGUCCUCUAUCCACGAAACCGCUAGCACGGUGUCCAUGAGUCGAUCCUCCACACCAAGCCACAGUUUCAGCACCAGCACCUACGGCCUGAGCCUAGGAGCUGGCCGCCACUCCAAGGCUCACUCGCGGAAGCGCAAGAAGCGCGUCGUGGAUCUGCGCCGCCCCAAGACAACCGAUGAUGCUAUGAGUGUCAGCGACGAGAGCAUCAUGACAGAGUCCUCCAGACCCCCGUCUAUUGCCUCUGCUCCUCUUCCAAUUGUCAGUGAACAGUCCGAUGACCCGGUGACACCACCGAUGUCAGCGGCAAAUGAUUCCCACCUACCCAUGAUUCCCGAGCGACACCGGACGAGCCUGUCCCGCAACCGCCGCGAUGGUGAUCUCUCAUACUCCCAUGAAACCAUUCGCGCACCGAAGGCGGAAGACGUGGACGCCACACCCCGCCCCAAUAUCCGAGGUUUCCCUCAGGAAAAGGCUGAGGCUGGACCGUCCGCUCGUCCUCCUUUACCUGCUGCUGCUCUCCCAUUUACUAAAGAGGAGAAGCCUGAUAGCGUUGAAUCUGUUCUGGUUGAGAGACUGGCCGGUGAAAUCGCUCGACGAAUGCGCGAGGACAAGAUGAUGACAAAUGCCUGCAGCGGCUUUUGGAGUCGCCAGCAUGAAGACACUCCUCCCCCGGCCUAUGGUCACUGA